CGGCCGGAAGGUGGUGAAUUGGGACUGCCCAAGCCUUCUUCCUGCCUUCAUGCAGCUGGUCUCUGUUCUGUUGUACGCCGCGGUGACGCGGCAUCGCAGUCGUUCCAGUGUCAUCCGUUUGGGCUCUGCGAACCAUGUCCUGAAGAUUCUGUUAGUCUUUAUAUUAGAACUAAUAGCACCGGUGCUACACCACAUGGUCAGGGAUCACAUCCAAUAUUGGGAGAAAUCCCCGCUUGGGAAACUUGCGGCCGCAUAGUAGGGCAGGAGACUGCUGACUUUUGGGAAUUCGUGACCUUGGUAAUCACCGAUGUAUUUUCCGCCAACCGAGUAUGUGGACUCUGUCAGUACGAAAAAGAUCGCCUGGAUGCCAUUGCCCGCAAGGUCAAGGGCGCCAAGGACCUCCCUCCUGGAGGAGCCGAUUAUCCAGAGCCAAAGGAGAAAGAGAUCAAAUGGGUCGAAUGUGCCGUCUCUACCUGCAGGGCACAAUAUUCUCUUGUCAAUGCUGGAGGCCUCAGGGUCAGACCCAAGUGCCAUUAUUGUCGCCAGGGCAUCGAAUGUCCAUGGGUCACAUGCUGUAAAUGCACGAACCGCAUCGUCGUUCCCGAAGAAUAUCGCGAAGGCAAGGAUGAUCAGUUCGAAUGCUUCGCCUGCCAGUCUGGAAAGGCGACAAAGGUAGAUGAGGAGACGAGCACUCAAGCAUUGGCGGCAGAAAACGGUACGGCAUGGCUUGGGUUCAAUCCCGAUUUCGAUCUAUUCCACAACCACUCCGCGUUCAAGAUUUUCUCCAAGCACGGUGCCGCGGCAUUCACGGGCAUUCCUGCAGAUAAGGAAUUUACGCUACAUUCCAAGCAUAUAUUCAAUGCGGACGUUGUCCGCCUACAAAUCGAAGGGCGAGUUGCAUCUGGGGAAGUAGAGAAAGGCACAUGUUCUCUCUGCUUCGACGAUAUUCCUUAUGAAAAACUACUUCCCGCUUGUGGGAGGAGCGGUUGCAGGCAAAGGGUUGACGAAGAUUGUCUCGCCCGCUGGUACGGAGAAAACGGGCCAGGUAAACUUUUGAAUCCUCUUCAACUAGCUUGUCCUUUCUGCCGUAGAAAGCCGACGAUCAAAAUCCUCACCAAAUACAACCCCACUGCAUUGUCUGUGGGUGAUCUGGCCCCUGCUAUUGCCGACAGAGCGUGGUACUAUGCGUGGUGUGUGACAUGUGGAUUUGCUAAGCGUGCUGUCGAACGAGCGUGCGCUGACGCCGGGUUGCCAAACAUCCGGGAUUUCGUCUGUGAGGAUUGUACGGAGCAAAGAGCCGCACUAGAGGCGCGUCUACGGGCCGAAGCUGAAGCGCUGCGUGCUGCAAGAGACGAGGCAAGAUUGGCAGCAGUCAACAACCAGCUGCGAGCCGUUAAAUCUACCAAAAUGGCCAAGAUCACCCCUUGUCCCAGAUGCGGGGUGUUCGUCCAGAAGACUUACGGGUGUAAUCACAUCACCUGCGGAAAAUACAUCGGUGAUUACCAAGGUCUAUGGAUUCCUAUUCGGGCAACCAAAGCUUUGCGUCGUAAAGCAGUUACCCUACGUGAGCGGAUCACAGAUAUUUAUGGAAAUGAUUACUUACCACAAAUUCCCAAAAGUCAGCAGUCUCCUGUCCUACUAUGCGGCCGCAAGUUUCCCAAGCGGGGAUUUCUCCUAAUAUUGGAUGUGAUCCCUGACCAUGUGGUGUAG